CUUUUGCUCAACUCGCUCUGUUCUGUCUUUCUUCUCACAACAUCAUCACACUCAAAUACCCUCUCAAAAGUCUUCAAAUAACCGCGAUCCUCCAUUGAAGCAACUGCGAUUUUCUUUUCCUUUUUCUUCCUACUCUACGACAUAAUCUUUACGCAUUCUACACACAACCUCACACACAUCACACAAAAUGGCUCCCGCCGUCGGUAUCGAUUUGGGUACCACGUACUCUUGCGUGGGUAUCUUCCGUGAGGACCGAUGUGAUAUCAUCGCCAACGACCAGGGUAACCGAACUACCCCCUCAUUCGUCGGUUUCACCGACACCGAGCGUCUGAUUGGUGAUGCCGCCAAGAACCAAGUCGCCAUGAACCCCCAGAACACUGUCUUCGACGCCAAGCGAUUGAUCGGUCGCAAGUUCGCCGAUCCUGAGGUCCAGGCCGACAUGAAGCACUUCCCCUUCAAGAUCGUCGACAAGGGUGGUAAGCCCAACAUCGAGGUUGAGUUCAAGGGCGAGACCAAGACCUUCACCCCCGAGGAGAUCUCCGCCAUGAUCCUCACCAAGAUGCGUGAGACCGCCGAGUCUUAUCUCGGCGAGACUGUCAACAACGCUGUUGUUACUGUCCCCGCCUACUUCAACGAUUCUCAGCGUCAAGCUACCAAGGAUGCUGGUCUCAUCGCCGGUCUCAACGUUCUCCGAAUCAUCAACGAGCCUACUGCUGCCGCCAUUGCCUACGGUCUUGACAAGAAGGUCGAGGGCGAGCGCAACGUCCUCAUCUUCGAUCUUGGUGGUGGUACUUUCGAUGUUUCUCUCCUUACCAUUGAGGAGGGUAUCUUCGAGGUCAAGUCUACCGCUGGUGACACUCACUUGGGUGGUGAGGACUUCGACAACCGUCUGGUCAACCACUUCGUAAACGAAUUCAAGCGAAAGCACAAGAAGGAUCUUAGCACCAACGUCCGCGCUCUGCGACGUCUCCGAACUGCUUGCGAGCGUGCCAAGCGAACCCUUUCUUCUUCUGCUCAGACCUCCAUCGAGAUCGACUCUCUCUUCGAGGGUAUCGACUUCUACACCUCCAUCACCCGUGCUCGUUUCGAGGAGCUCUGCCAGGAUCUCUUCCGAUCCACUAUCCAGCCCGUCGACCGUGUCCUUACCGACGCUAAGAUCGACAAGUCCCUCGUCCACGAGAUCGUCCUCGUCGGUGGCUCUACCCGUAUCCCCCGUGUCCAGAAGCUCAUCACCGACUACUUUAACGGAAAGGAGCCCAACAAGUCCAUCAACCCUGAUGAGGCUGUUGCCUACGGUGCCGCCGUCCAGGCUGCGAUUCUCUCCGGUGACACCUCCAGCAAGGCUACCAACGAGAUUCUGCUUCUCGAUGUUGCGCCCCUCUCUCUCGGUAUCGAGACCGCUGGUGGUAUGAUGACCAAGCUCAUCCCCCGCAACACCACCAUCCCCACCAAGAAGUCCGAGGUCUUCUCCACCUUCUCCGACAACCAGCCUGGUGUUCUUAUCCAGGUCUACGAGGGUGAGCGUCAACGCACCAAGGACAACAACCUUAUGGGCAAGUUCGAGCUCACUGGUAUCCCCCCUGCCCCCCGUGGUGUUCCCCAGAUUGAGGUCACCUUCGAUCUUGAUGCCAACGGUAUCAUGAACGUCUCCGCCGUCGAGAAGGGCACUGGCAAGUCCAACAAGAUUGUCAUUACCAAUGACAAGGGCCGCCUGUCCAAGGAGGAGAUCGAGCGCAUGCUUAACGACGCUGAGAAGUACAAGGAGGAGGAUGAGGCCGAGGGCAAGCGUGUUGCUGCCAAGAACGGUCUUGAGUCUUAUGCUUACUCUCUCCGCAACACCCUCUCCGACCCCAAGGUCGAGGAGAAGAUCGAGGCCAGUGACAAGGAGACUCUCACUGCCGAGAUCGACAAGGUCGUCCAGUGGCUCGACGAUAACCAGCAGGCUACUCGUGAGGAGUACGAGGAGCACCAGAAGGAGCUUGAGGGCAAGGCCAACCCCAUCAUGAUGAAGUUCUACGGGGCUGGUGGUGAGGGUGCUCCUGGCGGCAUGCCCGGUGGUCCCGGCGGCUUCCCUGGUGCUGGCGGCCCUGGUGGUGCUCCCGGUGCUGGUGGUGACGAUGGUCCCACCGUCGAGGAGGUCGACUAAAUUCUUUGAUACCCCAACAACAUCAGUCUCGACUUCUAGAGUUGUCAUGUGUCCAAUGAUACAAUGCGGAGGCUAGGGGUCUCAUGGGAUGAUAUGAUGAGAUUAGAUUUUCUGUUUUGUUUUUGCGACUUUCACGGUUAUGAAAAAGCUCGGUGGUUUUUACCCAAUGUAUUUUAAUGAAUCGAUGAAUCAAGAUAUUCACAAUAA